AUGGCAACUAGUCGUGUUCGGUUUCUCUCACCUAGCUACCAAAUUAAUACGCAUGAUAAAAAGCUCGCAGUAAAUUAUAUAAAAUUUAGUGCAAACAAUCCCGUCUUUUCACAAGAUGAUGAAGAAAACAUUAAUGUUCCAUAUGAAUCAUUUCAAAAUAUUGAAUCUGAUCUAGAUAAUUUACAUGUUGGUUUUCGUCAAGAUGAUUCAGCAGUUAUCGUUAAUAAUUCACAGGAUGCUAUCGUACCAGAAGAAUCAUUUACUGGUGAUGAAAAUGAUAUAGCAUCGGAUGAAGAUGUUGCAGCGCAUGUUUCAAAUAAAGACGAUACUUCUAUAUUGGUCUUAACAUUUCGAUCAUGGUUUCUUGGUCUUCUAUUUACUUGUCUUCUUUCAUUUGUAAAUCAAUUUUUUUGGUAUCGAACAUCGCCACUUUUUGUUGGUACUCUUGUUGCUCAAUUAUUAACAUAUCCAUUAGGAAAAGGAAUGGCUAGAAUUUUACCGACUAGAAAAUUUAAAAUUUUUCAAUGGUCUUUCACUCUUAAUCCGGGUCCGUUUACUAUCAAAGAACAUUGUAUAAUUACAGCAAUGGCUAAUGCCACCUGUAGUACAGCAUAUGCAAUUGAUGUUAUAACAACUUUGCGUAUAUUUUAUAAGCGAACGCUACAUCCCAUAAUUGCUAUUCUAUUUGUCAUCACGUCACAAAUUCUAGGUUAUGGAAUAGCUGGUAUCGUGAGAAAGUUUCUUGUUUGGCCAGCGGCUAUGGUUUGGCCAGCUAAUCUUGUUAAUUGUACUCUUUUUCGAACUUUACAUGACGACAGAGAUAGCGAUAGUAAAGAAGAAGCAAACAAAGAAUCACAUUGGAAAAUGUCGCGUCUUCGAUUCUUUUUCGUUGCAUCUUUUUGUCAAUUCCUAUGGUAUUGGUUUCCUGGUUAUAUAUUUCCUGUUCUCUCUCUCUUCUCCUGGUUGUGUAUGAUCAAACCCGAUAAUGUUAUUCUUUCACAACUUACUGGAAUCAAUGGACUUGGUAUUGGUUCAAUAGAAUUAGAUUGGAAUGCGUGGGUCUCUUUUCUUGGUUCACCUAUCAUUGUGCCAUUUUGGGCUCAAAUAAAUAUUUUGGUUGGUUUUGUUGCAUUUGCAUGGACGAUAGUACCGACUGCAUAUUAUACCAAUCUAUGGGGUUCAAAAGCAAUGCCAAUAGUUAGUAAUCGUGUUUUUACUGUCGAUGGCUAUUUCUAUAAUGUAUCAGCUGUGCUGAAUUCCAACUUGCUUCUAAACGAAACAGCUUAUAGAAACUAUGGUGAACCUCGACUAUCAACUAUUUUUGCUCUAUCAUAUGCUGUGUCAUUCGCUGCUAUUUCAUCAGUUAUUGUUCAUACUAUAUUGUACAAUGGUAAAACAAUAAUGAAACAAUUUCGAUUGUCGCUAAAAGAUAAUCACAGUGAUGUUCAUGCUAUGCUUAUGUCUCGGUAUCAAGAGGCACCUGAAUGGUGGUACACAGUUUUGUUUGUUGUAGCAUUCGCUCUGGCUAUUGUUGUUUGUCAUUUUGGUCAAUUGAUGCCAUGGUAUUAUCUAUUUCUUGCUGUUGGUAUUGCAUUUAUUUUCGUUCUACCAACUGGUAUAGUUCAAGCCGUUACCAAUCAGACAAUUGGUGUUAAUGUUAUUACUGAAUUCGUUGCUGGCAUUGUCAUGCCAGGUGACCCAUUAGCUAAUGUCACAUUUAAAACCUAUGGGUAUAUUACACAAUAUCAAGCGUUACUUCUAAUUUCUGAUUUAAAACUAGGCCAUUAUAUGAAAAUUCCACCACGUGCAAUGUUUGCUACUCAAUUGAUAGGUACAAUCAUAGCAGGCAUUGUGAAUUAUUUAACGGCUAUGUAUUUGAUGGAUAAUAUUAAAAAUAUUUGUACACCUCAAAAUACUCGAUGGACAUGUCCUAAUGCGAAUUUAUUUUUCAGUGCAUCUAUUAUUUGGGGCGCUAUCGGCCCAAUAAAAAUGUUCGGUAAACAAUCUAUGUAUUCAUCAUUACUUUAUGGUUUUCUAAUCGGUGCUCUUCUUCCUAUACCAUUUUGGAUUCUGAUGAAAAAAUUUCCUAAAGUUAAAUGGCUAAAAUAUAUUCAUUUUCCCAUUAUGCUGUCUGCUACGUGCUAUAUGCCACCUACUCCACCUGGUAAUUAUCCAUCGUGGCUUUUAGUUGGCUUUUUUUUUAACUUCGUACUUCUUCGACAUGCACGAUCAUGGUGGAAACGAUAUGCAUAUGUUUUUUCGGCUGCAAUGGAUUGCGGUGUGGCUUUCGGUGUUUUAAUCAUCUUUUUCGUAUUACAAAAUAAUGCAAUAGACUUUCCGACAUGGUGGGGGACGGGUGGAUCCACAGGAGAUGGCUGCCCAUUAGCACAUGCCAAUUAUUCUGGAAUAAUUCCAACAAACCGUCCAGUAUUUAUGGGCUGA